UUUUCGCGGCAAAUGGGAAGGUAGUGUCAAAUUUUCUUAAAAGUUUGGGAUAGGGUUGCCAUAAGUAUGCAUGUUUUUUGUCGUACUAUACAUAGGCAUUGCAGUAGAGAGCAAAUUCCUUAGGUAAUAUGUGCUAGUUCAACGUAUGGUUUUUUUGAAAGCAUAAACUGUAAACACCUGGGUAGAAAGCAACCUGGCUUCCUCUUCAUUCCGUGGAACUGUACCAAAUUGACAGGAUUGUUGCAACAUAAUUUUUUUGGACGUUGCAGGUAUCUGGUUAGCUGCCUUGUGCGCACCGUAUCACCUCCUUAGCACCAACUGUUCAUUAAGAUCAAUUAACACAGCUAGUGCUACAAACAAAGGCAAUGGCAUCUUUAGACGUGGACAGCAUCAAGACGGAGCUCAGUGUGUUCGACAUCGACUGUGAGGACGAGACGGUGUUGGAAAAAAUGCUGGAGCAGUGCAUGUGUCACCGGCUACAGAGCGACGGGAUCGUCCUGGAGUGGGUGGCGUUCAGCACUACCAAGGGUGGACUGAAGCUGACCCUGGACGCCCUAGAGAAGUUCGAGCACGAGGUGCUAAGCAAGAAACAGAAAUCCAGGCCGAGCUUCUCCAAGAAGGAGGAGCCGCUGAACCGAACCAGAGACGUGAACUCUCUUCAUGACUUGAUCAAAGCUGAAGAGGAGGAGGAGGAUCUGCUUGACUCGUAUUCCACUCCAGCCAAGGGAUCCCAGAAGCGGGCUCUGACUACUCCCGAGCACCCUCGUUCCAAGAGGGGCGUGUCUUUAGCACCCAGCCCUCGACAGCUCCUCUCCCCCGCCUGUUUCUCCCCCAGUGUCACUCCCUCCCAGAAGUACAGUGCACGUUCAGCGCGGGGCGAGGUGGUGUCCACGUUCGGCGCUGUCCAGGGAGCCAAUUGGACAGGACAGAGGGCAAGUGGACCAAUCGGGGUGGAGCUUCUGGAGGGCACAGAGGACUCCCUGGUCAGCAGCUACAAGUUCAUGUUCCAGAGGCUGCGGGAUGUCCGUAAUGUUCUGACAGAGAGGAUAGAAGAGCUGGGAGAGGAGCUGAGGUCUCACUUCAACAUUGAGGAGUUCUCACCUCUCGGACUGCCAGCUCAGGACAGGGUGACUGUGCUAGGACAGGUGUGCUGCGACAGCAACGGGAAGCUGAAUGCCCAGUCCGUGCUGCUGGAGGCAGGGCAGGACCAGGGUGGCCGACAGGUUCCUCUGGACCUAUCAGAGCUCAAGGAGUAUUCCCUCUUCCCAGGGCAGGUGGUCGUCAUGGAGGGGAUGAACACCACAGGAAGGAAGCUGGUGGCCUCCAAACUGUGUGAGGGGGUACCUCUGCCAUUCCACUCUGCAGGCAUGGAGACAGGCAACAUGGCUGAAGAAGGUGAGCCCCAGAUGGUCAUGGUUGCCUGUGGACCAUAUACCCCGUCCGACAGCCUCAGCUAUGACCCCCUCUUCGACCUCAUCAAUGUCAUUGUCCGGGACCGCCCUGACAUCUGCAUACUGCUUGGCCCUUUCCUGGACUCCAAACAUGAGCAGAUAGAGAAAUGCCAGCUAACUGAGACCUUUGAAGCUGUGUUCUUAAGAUGUGUGGAGAGCAUCGUGGAAGGAACGAGAGGGGUAGGCUGUCAGCUGGUGUUUGUGCCCUCUCUGAGAGACGUCCACCAUCACUUCAUCUACCCACAACCCCCCUUCACUCUGCCUGACCUCAGCAAGGAGGACACCGAGCGUGUGACCCUGGUGUCUGACCCCUGCACCCUUCUCAUUGGUGGUGUGACCUUUGGCCUGACCUCCACAGACAUCCUCUUCCACAUGGGGGCGGAGGAGAUCAGCAGUGCGUCCGGCUCUGACAGAUUCACACGCAUCCUGAAGCACAUGCUGACCCAGAGGAGCUAUUACCCACUGUACCCUCCAGCGGAGGAGAUCAACAUGGACUACGAGAGAUUCCUGAGCUACGGCCAGAUGCCCCUCACGCCUGACGUGCUCAUAGUACCCUCUGAACUGCGUUACUUCAUUAAGGAUGUGAUUGGCUGCAUGUGCAUGAAUCCUGGCCGAUUAACCAAAGGACAGGUGGGCGGGACUUAUGGAAGGCUGCUCAUACAGCGACGAGCCCCAUUGGCUGAAGGGAGGAGGCAGAGUCCUAUUGUUGCAUGUCAGGUGGUGAAGAUCUGAUUGUGACCUCAUUCAUUCAGUACUGUUUCCUGUUCUAACCCCACACCCUCCGUUCCCCAACACACUGGACUCCCCUAAUGGGCUUCUACAUGGUGCAGGAUUUCAUAAAGCUGUCGAUUUUUUUUAUGUAUAGAAAAAAAUGUAAACUUGAGUAAAGGUUUUUGAAGUACCCACCAGGCUGCUGAAUUCAUUCCCAGACUCAAACACUCUGGCACUUUUGACCUCUGACCCCUAAGGAGUACACAGGUUUCAUUUGAAAGAGACAAUACUGAGACUAUGGGGUGCAAGUUGCAGUGUGGCCCAAGACUUCCAUCUCAUUUCCAUGUCUUGUUAAAGCAUGUUGAAGAUGAAAAGACCCCAUAAUGUGUCUAUUGUGUUUUUUGA